GCCGCUCUCGCUGUGCCGUGAGGAGUGUUUUAUUUUCUCCACCAUAGCUGUUAAAUUAAACCGUAUAAUAGUUACUGUAGAUUGUAAAAAAAAAAGAACAUCUGCAGGAGAGAGGGCAGUUCUUACCGCAGUAGUGCUGUCUUUGAAGAGCUCCGGGUCGGCAAGAAUAUUCUCUUAUGGAUACUCCUGAAAGCCCUACCCAGUCCCCUCAGUCUCCUGAGGAAGAGGAGAAGGGCCUUUCUGACAGUGAGCUGCUGGAUUCACCUGAUGAAGAGGAGGGCAGGGUCAUCUCAGACAGUGAGAUAGUCCAUGAAGAGGAGAAUGGGGGGCUUGUUGAUGAGGAGGAGGAGGAGGAGAUGGUGGAAAACCGAGGAAGAGGUUCGGAAUUCGAGGAGGAGAGGGAAGAAGACGAUGAGGUAGUCCCUGACUUUGUUUCUGACACAGAAGAUGAGGAGCCUGUAGGAGAAACAGAAGGGAUGGGACAGGAGGAUGGGGCCAUUUUGCUGAUGGAGGGGGAUGAAGACGGUCCACAGCGGGACCAGUUUGAUGAAGAGGACGAGAAGGAAGGAGAGGAGCAAGAGGAUAGAAUCUUUGACACCCCACAGUCCCCAGACUCAGAGCCAGAACAGAGCAAGAGCUUCAUUGCUGAAGAGGAUGGAGAGGACGGGGAGGGAGGAUAUGGUGAAUACAGAAAGGACGACUCGCCAGAUCCUGAGAUUGCUGAGGUGGACGAGGAGGAGGAGGAGGAGGAGGAGGAGGAGGAAGAAGACGACAAAAGCAAGGCCGUGAUGUACGGAAGGAUGAGAGCUGAGGAAGAGGAGAGGAGGAGAGCUGUCGCGGUGAGGGAGAUGAAGGAUGACUCAGCAUCCGUUUCCCGGGAGCUGGACGAGCACGAACUGGAUUAUGACGAGGAGGUCCCAGAGGAGCCCAGCAUCCCUGCACUCGAGGAAGAGGAAGAUGAAGAAGACACAAAAGUGGAGGGAGAAGAACGGGAGCAGAUUGAGGACAAGAGCAGUAAGAAAAAAGAGAAGAAACCAAUCCUCCCCCCAUCUCCUAAAGACAAUGAAUUCAAGAGGACAGGUGACUCCAAAGGGCCUGAGAGGAUGCGCAGAGAUUCCUUCAGAGACAAGAAGAAGGAUGAGGAUGAUGGAGAGAUUGAUGAAGGAGAGAUUGAUGAUGAUGACCUGGAGGAGGGGGAAGUCAAAGAUCCCUCGGACAGGAAGAUCAGACCACGUCCCAUCUGCAGGUUCUUCAUCAAAGGAAAUUGCACUUGGGGUAUGAACUGUAGGUUCAUCCACCCUGGCGUCAAUGACAAGGGAAAUUAUUCCCUGAUCAGUAAACCAGACCUCUUCUCACCUAAUGGAGCGCCUCCUGGAGGACCACACCCACUCAUACCCAAUAAUCCCUGGGCUGGACCUGCAGUGGAGGAGCUCCCUCCACCACCUCCCCCAGUGGAGCCUCCUGUUGAGAGUGCCUGGGAGCGAGGCCUAAGGCACGCCAAAGAGGUGCUGAAGAAGGCCACCAUCCGUAAGGAGCAGGAGCCAGACUUUGAAGAGAAGCGUUUCAAUGUGACCAUCGGAGAAGACGAGAGAGAAUUUGACAAAGAGAAUGAUUUCCUCAGAGAACGCAGCUACCGCAUCAUCCGAGAAGAAAUGGACUUCAGAGAUCCUGUAUACGGUGACCCAUAUGCUGAUCCAUACUACGACUAUGAAAUGGAGGCCCUAUGGCGAGGAGGCCAGUAUGAAAACUUCCGAGUGCAGUACACAGAAGCUCCUCUUCCUUACCACUACAACGAGCGUGAACGUGACCGCGACCCUCGGGAGCGGCACCGGGACCGAGAGAGGGAGAGGGAUCACCGUGAGAGGGAGCGCCGGCAGAGGGAGAGGGAGAGAGAGCGGGAGCGCGAGAAGGAGAGGAUGCGGCGGAAAGAAGAGUGGGAGAGGGACCGGAUGAAGAGGGAUGAUAAGGAGAGACCAAGGAUGCGUCCUCCUAGGGACGCCAGGGAAAAGAAAGACGAGGAAAAACUGAAACCACCACGCUCGCCCCUCAGCUUGCCACCCAACAGGCCGAUGGAGCCUCCCUCAAAGAAGGAGGUUGUUCCAGUCAUGAGACGACCAGAUGAGUGGAAGGACCCAUGGCGUCGGUCCAAAUCCCCCAGGAGACGCCCCGGGCUGGGCUCCCCACCACGAGGCCGCCGGCGACAUCGGCCCUCAGGCUCCUCAGUCUCUCUGUCCCACUCCUCCAGGUCUUCGUCUCGCUCUUCAUCCUAUACAGGCUCUGGGUCAUCUCGUUCCCGCAGCCGCUCUUCCUCAUUCAGCUCCUACUCCAGCCACUCCUCCCAGCACAGCUCCUUCAGUGGCAGCCGCUCUAGGUCACGGUCGUUCUCCACAUCCCCCUCACCGAGUCCAGCAGCACAGAGGAAUGCUAAGAACAAACCAGAUCUUCCCCCUGUGUUACCUAAAGGCAUGCCGCUGAAGCCGGGUGCCAUGCCCCCUCCUCGCAGGGACAAGCCUACCAUGAAGAAAGCUCCCAGUCCUCCUCCACCUGGUGGACCGCAGGGCAGGCCCUCCAAACCCCUGCCGGAGGGAGGGAAGCCUCCCACCAAUCACCGGGAGGCUGGAGGUACAGGUGGCGGGACAGGCAGUGGUGGAGCGGGUAGGCCUCUGCCUCCAAGGGAACCUGGAAAACCUUCCAACCCAAGGGAAGGCAGGCGGAAAGAGCGGCAGCAGCAUCCUCCACGGAGGCGAACUGUCAGUGGCAGUGUUAGUGGAAGUGGUAGCAGUUUUACUGGUUCUAGCUCCAGAUCCAGAUCCUCCUCCAACUCACGCUCCGGAUCCAGAAAAUCCAGGAAAUCCAGGUCGCUGAGUGUGAGCAGCGUGUCAUCGGUGUCAUCGGCAUCGUCCAGCAGCAGCUCAGUGCGUAGCGCCGACUCAGAUGACAUGUAUGCUGACCUGGCCAGUCCGGUGUCCUCUGCCAGCUCCCGCUCGCCCACACCAAAUCACCCUCGCAAGGAGCGAGGGGCCGUGCGGGACCGGCCUCCACAUGGCAGAGACAGAGACAAGAACAGGGCAGAGAGACCUUCAAAGAAAGAUGAACCCUUCAGGGAGGACCGUAGGAAGAUCGACCCAUCUGGUGCCCCACCUAGAGGAGCAAACCCCAUGCCCAGAUCAGGACCUGGUAGCAGGGGUGGCCACCCUGUACAUCCCCCACCUGGAAACAUGGGGCCCCCAGGAAGCUACGGGGGUUCAGGUUCCCAUAAAGACAUCAAACUCACCCUCCUCAAUAAGCAGCAGGGCGAUAGGGGAAACAGGAAGAGGUACCUGCCUUCAGACAAAGACAGGCCAGGUUCCCCCGCCAGCAAGAGAAUGGCCAUGUCUCCAGACAGAGGCCGUGAUAAGAGGAUUCUUGGCCGACCCCCACUCUCUCCUCGAAUGGAUCGGCCCAGAGGCCAAGGGCCCCGACCCAUGCCCCCCCAAGGAGACAGAAAACGUCCUCUGUCACCACCACCCAAGACAUCUGGAAAAGGCCCUGUUGCGCCAUCAGGCAAGCCAGCCGCCCCGGGCUCCACUUCGGCUGCCGGCUCAGGCUCCAGCUCAGGCUCUGGCUCGGGCUCCAACAAACCCAGCAACACACUGUCCCGCCGUGAGGAGCUGCUGAAACAGCUGAAGGCUGUGGAGGACGCCAUUGCCCGAAAACGAGCAAAGAUCCCUGCAAAAUAAACGGAAGCCCGCUCUUCGCCUGUUCGCCUGCCUGCCAGUCUGCCUGCCUGCCUGUCUGGCUUUGUGCGCCAGGGCAACAGUGAGGGCCAUGGGAUUGAGCGUUUUUCCCCUGCCUUCAAUGGACAUGUAAAAAUGUUGUAUGGUUCAUGUAUAAAGGCCAUUGUGUAAGUAAACAGGAAGUGGCGGCCACGAAAAACCAUCUUCUGAUUGUUUGCCCUCAGAGAGGUUUGGCUCUGCUCCAUUCUAGAGUGUUGUUAACUCCCAUAUGCCCGACUUUAGCUCCCCUUAAAAGUAUUUGAAUGUCCACAGUUUGCCUCAUCAAUGAAAAACAGGAGAAAGCAUUUGGGCAUUUGGUGAGGUAGGGACAUCUCAGGAAUGGAGUGUACUUUGUGUAGACUUUGCAGUAUAGAAACAGAAGGGUAGUAAGGAGCACUUGAUCACUUGCUGCUCACUCUGUUCCUUCAGUCAAAAGGAAGCAUCUUCCUCAUCUGGUGUGAUAACAGAUUUAUACACAUUGAAUCUACUACUUCUGUCUUUCUUUCUCUGCUCCCCUUUAUUGUCUUGUAGUCACAUAUUUUCUUGUGGAGUGGUGUGACUGUUGGGUCAGCUCUACAGUGUACUGACAGCCUACAGGGCUUCACAGCGCUUUGUAUAAAUCUACAAAUUCUUGAGCAUUUGUAUUCAGCCCCUGUAAGCGAUCACGAGCCCAAGCUUUGUUCAAAGGGGGCCAAUGUUCACCAACCAUUGACUUCUUCUCUGUUUUAGGGCAGUGUUUACUGUCACACCUUGUACAAUAAUAGCAAGUCAUCAACUUGUUUCAAGCUUAUGAUUAUAGACAACAGUGAUGUGAAGUAUUGCUCUUUUUUUUUUAUCUACAGCAUUUUGUUUUCUUAUUAGCUCUUAAGUGAUAAACUGAUGUUUUAUUUGUGUCACAUUUUUAGUUGGAGUGUGAGAGGUAGAACGGGACAUUUAGAGACAAGAUAUGUCUUGCUUUUGUGACAAAAGCCUUCUAAAUAAACUAUUUUGAUAAAGCGAA